UACGGCGUGAUGACGUCACCGCGGGGACCGCGCAGGCGCCUGCGUGCUGCUCGGCGCCGCCAUGGAGCGUCUCGGCGGGGCUGCGGGGUACGAGGCGGCGGCGGCCGAGCAGCUGUCCCGGCAGCAGGAGCGGCAUUACCGGCUGCUGUCCGAGCUGCAGGCACUCGUGAAGGCGCUGCCCAGCUCCUGCCAGCAGCGGCUGUCGUACACGACGCUGAGUGACCUGGCGCUGGCACUGCUGGACGGGACAGUGUUCGAGAUCGUGCAGGGGCUGCUGGAGAUCCAGCAUCUCACUGAGAAGAACCUCUACAGCCAACGGCGGCAGCUGCACAGCGAGCACCGAGGAAUGAAGCAGGAGCUCUUCCACCGGCACAAGGAGGCCCAGCAGUGCUGCCGGCCCCACAACUUGCCACUCCUCCGCGCCGCCCAGCAGCGGGAGAUGGAGGCUAUGGAGCAGCGAAUUCGAGAGGAGCAGCGAAUGAUGGAUGAGAAGAUAGUCUUGGAACUGGACCAAAAAGUCAUAGACCAGCAGAGCACCCUGGAGAAGGCUGGGGUGUCCGGCUUCUACAUCACCACCAACCCACAGGAGCUGACUUUACAGAUGAAUUUACUGGAACUGAUUCGGAAGUUACAGCAGAAGGAAGCUGAGUCCGAGAAGGCUUUUUCCUGAACAAGCAAAUCUGCUGUGUAUUUCCCAGAGUUUUUUUUCUUCCAUCCCUCUGAAGAAUCAACCAUUCAUGCCUUUGGUUUAUCAGGAGCAGCUGCUGCUGUAGAAGUAGCUGAGACCCUUAGGUGCCCUUGGAGCUGGGGGAAGCAGAGCCCAGGACCUGCCUGCCUCCCAGCUCCUCGGAGAGAGGUGUGUUCUGCACAUCCCGCCAGGAACAGAGAUGAGGGAGAGUGUUCAUCUGCCUUAGAUAGCCCACAGUGUCAGUGAGGCUGAUUACAGGGCUGGGCCCUGAGGCAGCAAACCCAAACUUGUGCCCAGAUGAAUCCUUGCAAGCAGUGCGAACUCCCUCAGGCUCCAGCCUCCUCUUCCAAUUCAAGAAAGAGAGAAAAAAGCAUCCCUUGUAGGGAAUGGGAAAGGCAAGGAGCGGCUGUAUGGAAGAGGGAGGCAAAGAGGACUCACCAUCUGGUGCCACCUUGCCAUGGCAGAGGGUUGGGGAACAAACCUCUGAGGUUUAAUCCCAAGGAGAUGGUUCUGUGUGCAGAAACACUUGUGGACCCAGGGAGACACCCCCCCUGCCACAAACAUGGAUCUCAGCUGUAGUGAAAGGGGUUUCCUCACCUCUCCCACCGUUGCUAGGCUGUGACAUUUGCAGUGUUCCCACCUGAUUUGGACAGCAGAGGAGGCUUGAGAGCUUUUGUUUUGUUACUUUAAACCAGUUUGCAAAUGGAGAGGAAUAAAAUUUGUCCUGUCUGC